GUCACGCAUCGCAUCGGGAGUCGCGGGAUCUGCCGUGCCCCGGCAGGCCCCGGAUCACCGCCAGACGAUCGGCAACGCUACAGUGGAACAGGACACCGAGAAACCCGGCCACCCUCGGACGGGAAUCCUCGGGGACGGUUGUCGACGACUGCGACCGAGAGGAUCUUGGACUGUGCAAGGACGCACUUUGCCGUCGCCGCGCCAACGAGAUCGUGAGUGGUUUGUGUGUGCGUGUGUCUGUGUGUGUAAGUGACUCCAAAGCUGUGAAAAGUGGGUGGUGAGCGAGGAUCUUCGAUCAACAAGCAAUCUCGUACCAAACUCCCCCCCCCCCCCCCCUCUGGAGAGGCCAAUCAACUCAUCCGAUCGGUCAGGAUCGCCGCGGGAAGGCUGCGGCGGUGGUAAGCAGGCCCAACGUCCCGGUGUGCGAUGAAGGAGAAAAGCAAGAACGCGGCCCGGUCCCGGCGCGAGAAGGAGAACGCCGAGUUCCUGGAGCUGGCGAAGCUGUUGCCACUGCCGAGCGCGAUCACGUCCCAGCUCGACAAGGCCUCGAUCAUACGGCUCACCACGUCCUACCUGAAGAUGCGCCAGGUGUUCCCGGAGGGGCUCGGUGACGCCUGGGGCUCCCAGCACAUCCCGAACAAUCCGCGCGAUCUCGCAAUCAAGGAGCUCGGUUCGCACCUGCUGCAGACGCUCGAUGGGUUCAUCUUUGUCGUCGCACCGGACGGCAAGAUCAUGUACAUCUCGGAGACGGCCUCGGUGCACCUGGGCCUGAGCCAGGUCGAGCUGACCGGCAACUCGAUCUACGAGUACAUCCACAACUACGACCAGGACGAGAUGACGUCGGUGCUGUCGCUCCAGCCGAACAUGUUCGUACAGCCGCCGCCCCCGGCUGCGGCGGCUGCUGCUGCUGCUGCUGCUGCUGCUGCUGCUGCUGCUGCUGCUGCCUCUGUGGCGACUGCGGCGGGCCCGGCAACAGGUGUUGCGGUCGCUUCCGACCCCUUGCUAGCCGCUGAAUCGCCCAUCUCACCCUUCGCCAAUCUGCUACACCCGGGGGCGGCCGAAUCGCCACCGCAAGCCGCCAUGGCGGCUCCCGGUUCCACCUCCUCGUCGAUGGCCGCCCCCCUGGGCGGUACACCGGUUCCACCGUCAUCCAUCAACUCACCAACCGAUCUGCAUUCUACCAUGCCGCACCAUCAACAGCAGCAGCAGCACCACCACCACCACCCCCAUCAUUUGACCGAUAAUGGCCUCUCACCGCUAGGGACUGGCUCGUACGCGGCCACACCGGCGGCUACGGGCGGCUACGGCGGAGGGCAGCCACAACAACAGCAGCAGCAGCAGCAGCCGCCCCAUCAUCAUCAUCAUCACAAUCACGGUCACUACUACCACCAUCCGCAUCACCAUCACAGCUUCAGCCAGCACCAGCACUCGCAGACGAUCGAGAUCGAGCGGACGUUCUUCCUGCGCAUGAAGUGCGUCCUGGCCAAGCGGAACGCGGGCCUCACGACCAGCGGCUACAAGGUGAUCCACUGCUCGGGCUACCUGAAGGCCCGCAUCUAUCCGGGCGAUGCGACGUACGGUGAUGGUCACAGCUGCAUCCAGAACUUGGGCCUGGUGGCCGUCGGCCACUCGCUGCCACCGUCGGCCAUCACCGAGAUCAAACUGUACCAGAACAUGUUCAUGUUUCGCGCCAGCAUGGACCUGAAGCUUAUCUUUCUCGAUGCCAAGGUGGCCCAGCUAACCGGAUAUGAACCGCAGGACCUCAUCGAGAAGACCCUCUACCAGUACGUCCACUCGGCCGACAUCCUGCAUAUGCGCUACUCACACCAAAUACUGAUGUACAAGGGCCAGGUUACGACAAAGUACUACCGCUUCCUCACCAAGGGUGGUGGCUGGACGUGGGUGCAGUCGUACGCGACCGUCGUCCAUAAUACGCGCUCCUCCCGCCCUCACUGCAUCGUCAGCGUCAACUACGUGCUGAGCAAUCAAGAGGCACAGGAGCUGCUGCUGAACGAGGUACAGCAACCGUCGGGUGGUUUGACGUUGUCGGCGACGGCGCCAGCAACGGUGGCUGCUACCAGCGCCAAGCCGGAGGUGGUGGUGGUGGAACUGAGCAACGGCGCUGGGAACAGCAGCAGCAGCGGCAGCGGCAGCACCAACGGUGCCUGCAAUCCGGACCGGACUGGUGAGCCGGCCGCGGCAAUAGCAGCAUCGAUGACGUCAGCCAACAGUGGGCUGACAGCGGGUGUUCCGACGCACAUGUCACCGAUUGGUGGUACGAUAGCGACGCGUGGCACAUCCGGUGGCACCGUAGGCGGAGGAAUGCCGAAUAAUCAGCUCCAGCCGGUUCCACCUCAGGCCGCCAACCCGUACGGAUCGCUGCUGCUGUCAAAGGACCUGCAGUUGCAGCAACAUCACCAUCAACAACAUCAUCAUCAACAGCUGCAUCAUCAUCAGCAGCAGCAGCAACAGCAGCAGCAGCAGCAGCAACAACAGCAACACCAUCAUCACCAACAGUCGAGCUACAUUCAGCUGGGGCCGCUCGGCGAUGAGGAUGCCAGCAUGGGCCAGGUACCGGUGGGUCCGUCCGCCUGUCUCGUCGUCACGCACCCCCAGCAUGAGCAGUUACCGUCGGGCCUGUCCUGCCACGAGGACUACGAGCUGCAGCUGCAGCAGUACGGUGGGGCACACCAGGCGACAGCAACGGACGGGAGCAACGAUCCCUCCAGCUACUGCAUGAACCUGCAUGGCGGCCCCGGUAAUCAUCAUCAUCAUCAUCAUCAUCAGCAGAUGCAUCAGCUGGGCAGUGGAACGGGGUCAACGUCGACGGCUGAAACCGGCGACACGGCCUUCCUGGAGCCGUACUACGACCAGUUCUACGGUGGUUACGAUUCGCGCCAGGAUCCGCUCGGUUUACGACCGUUCUCGGCUAGCUCGAACAGCUGCAGCAGCUCCGAGGGCGACGGCUCACUCGGCCCUUCGGUUCACCACCAACAGCAGCAGCAGCAGCAGCAGCAGCAGCAGCAUCAUCAGCAGCCGCCUAGCUACGGUACCAUCGUUGGUGGGCGCUGUUCCCAGCCGCUCCAGCCUUCUCUGCACACCGCCGACACCGCACUCGACUACGGCGAGCUGUUGGAGAGCGAGGGCGAUCACUUUAGCACACCGGGGGAUUCCCAACACCACCACCACCAGCAACAGCAGCACCACCACCAUCAUCAGCAGCAGCAGCAACAACAAACACACCAGCAUCAGCAGCAUCAGCAACAUCUUCAUGGCCUGCAGCACACCAACGAUGGUCCGACGGUUCCGGCCGCCUACCUCGCCUACGAGACGGCCGGAACCGAGGCGCUUGAUGGUGGCGUACCCUGCACCGGCACUACCUCCUCCUCCUCCUCCUCCUCCUCGUCUUCGUCCUCUUCCUCUUCCACAUCGUCGCGCUUCGACACCGCGGUGCUAAACCAACACCCGCUGCCACCGUUCGAGCCGGCAGACGUGAAGGGGACCGGUGGCAACGAGCUGGCAGCCACGGGCUGCCACGGGGAACACGGGCCGGUUCCCACCGAUGGCACCGUUGCUCCUCGUAACUGCGAUGGCACGGAUGCCGCUGAUGGUGGGAUUGCAAAUGAGAACAUCAUCAACAACAACCUUGGUGGAGGUGGCCUCAACCUUCACCAUAAUAAUAACAACAAUCACAGCAAAAUUAACAACAACAUCAACAACAACAACAACGCCGGCAGCAAGGGCUACAACAUUCCUGUCGAUGCUAGCGGCACGGUACAGCAGCAGCAGCAGCAGCAGCAGCAGCAGCAGCAACAUUUCGGGGCCACCACAGCGUACGGUCCGCACUACACCAGCGUCAUUGUCGAGUCGUCCUCGUCGGUGACCUCGGUUACGCCGUCGUCGAGCGGAUCGAUGCCGACGAGCGACUUUGUUCCUCGCUGUACGUAAGGACCCGUACCGGCACUUCAAUCAACUCUCGCUUCGAGGGUUUUUAUCGACGAGCUUAGCGAGCUUAUUCCUGCGAGCGAGCGAGCGAAGGGGCCGCGAAUGGCUGGAACGGUGGGCAAAAGAAAACCUGAAAGAAGGAACCAAAAACCAAAUGGGCCACCACAGGAUUAGCGGGCCCGAACAAAUCCGGAGGGGGGGAGGGGCGUUAUUCGGUAAUAGGCAUAAUGGCAUCCUACUUGCCACCGAUUAGCAUAACAUUAGGUUAUUGUAUGUGGUACGCGCCCUGCCCCGCCUGUUUCGUCAACCCACAAAUCGAGCUCGCUAAUUAAUCGGAGAGGAUGGCGCUUCGAUUGGAGUUGGCACCCGGAUUUACGCCGCCGCCGCCGCCGUUUCAUUUAUCACAGUUUGAUGUUUUAUUUCGCAAGGCAAUGGGGUGGGGAUGGGGGCGCGGGCUCACGCUGCCACUACCACUCUCGGCUGGGUGAUUCGGUUCGGAAACUCGAUACUCCCAACGUACUUUAGCACUUACUUGGGCAAUAUGCUGCUGUGUAAUGGAUACGGCACUGUUUAUCUUAGUUGUAGUGUUUUUAAGCUAAUUGCUUCGCCCAAAUUCGGCACUUCGGGUGCUCCUCAAAUAGUGCUUAAGGAAGGCUUUGAAGGCUCGCUGUUCGCUGUUCGCAUGCUCGUGAGUUCCAUUUGAGGCUAGGAUCAGCCAAUUGCCAGCCUUUUUAAUUCCGUGUACCGUUAGAGUAAGGGAGUUCUGUGAGGCUUCCAAUAUGAAGCGACCCCGGACGUGUGCCGUUGAUCACUUUUAAAGCAUCUGGUGACAGGAAUCAUAUCUGCGGCAGCCACCGUGAGUGCAACUCUUGCCCCCUGUGAUGACUGUUUCGUGCGUGAUUUCGUCGUGUUUAGCGGAACAGAGUCGCGCACCUGCAUGUCGAUAACCACCACGCGCUUUUCCACGAUUGGCACUUACGAACAUCCGUGUUAUUUGCAUUUUUUUAUAUCUUAUUCCAAAGUACCAGUUAAUUCCUUACAAUUAGUUGAUAUAUGUAUAUGCAUAGUUUAUUUUUAAAUGAA